UUGCAAGCGGUUGCACUUCCCCGACCGCCGCUCUUCCUCGUCCUUCGUAAUUGCUCAUUCAUUCACCAUAGCGACACCUUCACUGGUUUGUCUGCAAGGCGACGACAUUCGAUCUGAAUUGACAGCGAACGUUUCAAUAUUGUUCAUAGGAGAUCUCACCCCUCACCAUCAUCUCGGCACGCUUCUGUCCACACCUCCGUACUAUUAGUAGCUCCCGCAUGACAGGGCCUUUUUCGACGGAUUUCCAACCGGGACGGCGACGUCAAUCUGUGAUACGACCUUCAUUCUUGCUUGAGGAAAGGAACUGCACGGAAAGGGUCGGUCCACAAUAAACGACAACCAUUACCUUCGACCCAGCACCACGACCACAUUCGCUUCGCAAUUGCACUGGCUUGACGCCGAACCAGACCUUUGAAAGCCGCAUUUCAUACUCGCGUUCAUGGAAUCGUAACAGCGGCGAACCGGAAGAAGUAAUCGCAAGUCACUGAGACAGGCAGGAUGACGGACACCAGGCGAUUUCGACUAUGGCCGGUAGCGGUGUUGGUGGUUGCAUUGAUACAUAGAAGCGCUGCCGACGGCAGCAACAGUGGGCUUUCGCAAACAUACUGUUCGAGCCAGAAUACUGGCUCUAACUUCAAUGCAGUCUUCAACAUCUACCAAUCGAACGGCGCAUGCUACGAUCAAUGUCAAUCGAGCUACGCGUUCGCCAUAGUACAAUACCAACAGUGUUGGUGCUCUAAUUACAUCCCUGGGGACCAGCAGAGCAUCGGCCUCUGCAACCAGAAUUGUCCAGGAUACCCGGACGACAAGUGUGGCAAUGCAACUACAGGCCUGUACGGGUAUAUCCAACUGCCUAACGUUAAGGCUUCGGGUACCACUGGUGCCUCGAGUUCACAGCCGAGCAGCACAUCCGCAACAUCAGUUAUACAAUCGUCGCUGUCGAGCACAAUAACAUCGAGCACACCCACGUCGAGCACAUCAAGCCCAAGCACAUCAACGUCGAGUACACAGCAAACGACCACAACACAGCAACCUACAACCACCUCGCAAGAUCCCGCCACCAGCUAUGUGAGUGUAACAAUCUACCAGACGGUGGUGCAAAGUCAGCAAGCGAGCAUCAUGGUGUCUCAUGUAACUCCAACACCUCCAUCGAGCUCCACCACUCCGAGUUCGUCAUCGUCUUCUUCGAUAUCCUUGUCUCCGACUUUGAGUAGUACACUCACACCUGCUGUCGCACAAGUGGCGGCUACGCCCACAACGUCGAGUAGCUGGAUGUCUCCAUCGCUGACGCCGUCUCCGGUAACGAGCGUUCAGGUUGUCACGGUUGCCGGGGCAAUCGUGACUCACACAGUCACAUCAACGCCGCUAGUGGCACCAGCACCUAGCUCAGAAUCCAUGACCUUUCAGCGGAAAGGUCUUUCCGGUGGCGCGGUCGCCGGUAUCGUUAUAGCCUCCCUAAUAGGUGCCAUAGCUCUCGUUGUCGGGGCAGUGCUUGUCCGGCGGCGAAGAAGGCAAGGUGACAAUGACGAUGCUGAAGGGGCGGGUGCUGCCCAGAAGCGAAGCGGCCCCAACAGCCCGCGACGCAACGUCAGCGUACUUAGCAAGACCGGCCUUCUCUCUCGCGGCCGCGCGCCAAGUAUCACAGAGAAGGAGUUCGAUCCGCCCAUCUACGGCACCGGCCACAACAGCAUGCGGCACUCCACGUUCUUCGCCAGUGCCGCCGCGAGCGAAGCUCAAGCGGUCAGUCCGGUAAGUCCGCUAGGCAGCACUCACGAGGACGCUGGUGGCAGGCGGCAUAGCAGGCCGCUCGUCUACGAUCAGAGGCUGAACCCUUCAGCGCUCUUCUUGCACGCGGAUGGGAGUGGCAGUCGGAUAUCUGUGCAGGAUGCGCAGGAUUACAGCCGGCCGCUUGGCGUGACGAAUCCGGACGUGCGAAGGAGCUUUGAUUCGAGGACGAGCCGGUGAAGAGUCGCUGCGCCUCAUAUUUCGCACUCAUCAAAACCGUUUCAUCGCAUUACGAACGAUACCCUUUCAGCACAUUGCUGUAUCAGCUGCAGCCAGUUGUCCGAAUCGAACCUUCAGCGAGGCGUUAUGGGUUUGGCCUCUAUGAGCGCCAUGACUGGGAAGGGAAGGGACAGUCCAAGAAGAUGUAGAUGAGGCUGUAUAUGUAAUGGUAACGACAAGAUCGCUCAGGUAUAAAGGAAGAUGACGAUAU